AUGCCAAAAGGUUAAUUCAUGAGCUAGCCGUUACACACGCAGAGCGGAGCGUUGGCCGUCGGCGCGCCACACUCUACAAAGUACAAAGUCCUCUCUCUCUCUCUCUCUCUCUCUCUACGCCUGGGUACUGAAUGGACGGCCACUCCUUCCUCUCCGAUACCGACGAAUCAACCGUUGAAGAGCUCAUUAGCCAAGCUACUGAUCUUUGCGUUCUCGAGCAAGUCGCUGCUAUCAACUGCUCGGGCAUCACCGAUUCCGAUCUCCCCGCGGAUCUCGAGAACCGCUUUCGCAAGUUGAAGACUUUCCCACAGAACUCAAAACACAAAUUCAAACCCGAAUCCUCACCUCCUCGCUCAUGUGCCGGCCAAUCUGCCUUCGAUACAAGGAACAAGUUGAGCGGUUCCGUCCGGGCACGAACAGCGUCGGACUUCCUCUCCGAUGGUGAAGAAAGUUUCAAAAUUUUCUCGUCUUCCAAACGAAGCCCACAUGAGAAAGGGGGUUCCAAACAAAAAUCAGGAUGUGCGUCUGUUUCUUCGCCGGUCGAUUCUCCAAAUUCGAUGAUGGAAAGUGCGGGUUCCUCGCCAUCGAAAUUAGGAAGCCCAGACGAGAACAGGGGCUCGAAACUGAAAUCGAAAUCGAAAUCGAAAUCAAAAUCAAAAUCAAAGUCUGGGUCUGUUUCUUCCGCUCCGCAUUAUUCGAAAUCACCUGUCGAUGAUGUGAUUUUCUCACAUUUGCCCGAAAAUCUGGAUGGGAAAAUGGGGAUGAAGCCAAAAUCGCGGUCGGUAUCGCGAUCUUCGCCUUCGGAUUCAUCGGGGGACUCCUCGCCUCAGCAUCAAAAGAUGAUCGGUUGUUUCUGGUGUUCCCCCAGGAAGCCUUCCAGCAAGAAGAGCAAGGAAAAUCGAGCUCCUGAAAUUGCACUUGAUUGGGACAGAGAAGAAGACAUCCUAUCGGAUUUGGGUACCUUCUCCGUAAAAGAACAGAAGAAGAUACUGAAGAAGGCCAUGGAAGAGCAAAAAAGGGUUAGUCGAGAGGCAGAGAAAAUUGUGAAGUGGGCAAAGCAGGCGUCUGCAAGGAUGAACGUUUCUGACAUUGAAGACGACCUGAGUGAUGACAGCUUCAUAAGAUGAGACACACCUUACGAUUUUUGCUUUAUUUGAUGCUCAGACAGACAGCAUAAGUUUUUUUUGCAGUUGUUCUAUCUAAUAUAUAAUUUUAGGUUUUGUUUGGAUUGAGGUUUUGGAAAGAAAGGAAAAGAAAUGAGUCUCUAUUUGUAAUUUAAUAAUCAAUCAGCAUAAUGCUAUUUUCAGUCUGCUAAUA